UGAGGUUGGUCGACAUAACAGGAAACAGUAAGUUGCAUUGGCACCAGUAGUGAUGUGAACAUUUCAGACUUCGAAAUUCUCUUGCAACAAGCUUUGUUGUUUGAGGACAGCAACCAUGGACAGCAUCUUCAUAUUUCCCUUGAGCAGACGGCCAUGAUGUUUGUGUCAUGGUUCAGUCUGACUGAGAAGCUGGAUGCCUCUCUGGUGCGGAUGAGAACUAAUUCAGUGUCCCGAAGACCUAGACUAUUAAACUGGAGAUCUGCCAUUAAAAAAUGUCGACGACAGAAAUUGGAUAAACAAUGAAAAUACUGCUGGACGUUAAGUCGUCCUUUUUAGAUGGAACUUGAGCUAUAUACCUACAGUUUUAGUUUUUAUGCCUGUUUUGUCUUGUGUUUGUUGAAUUUUGUUCUACGAUGUGGUUUUCUCGUGAGAUUCGUUGGUGUAGAACUUCCGUGAAGCAAUGUUUAUGCUUGAAGCGGUUCAGUCUGAUGAAAGGGUUGGCUUUUGUCAUAUCCCUCAGUGUUCUGUCCAGUGUGUUCUUCGCCUAUCAUCUCAUGAACUUCGGCAUUGUGAAGCGGCAUGCAGACCCACCUAAACCCUUGACGAUGUGUCGACCUGACAGUACUCUACCAAAGAACGUACCACAUGUGCCAAAAGAUCAUAGCUCAGAAGCUAGUCUCAGACUUGGAACUCGAGUUCUUCUUAUGGUUGAGACGCAGUACUCAAAGCAAGGGAUUAUUAUAUCCCGGUUGCUUGAGGGCUUGAGAAUUGAAUACAAAAUCGAACCAACAGGUAAAAAUCUUCCAACAUUGACACAUGCAGACAAGGGGAAAUUUGCUGUUGUGAUAUUUGAAAAUUAUGAAGCUUAUGUAAAUAUGGACAACUGGAACAGACAGUUGUUGGAUAAGUACUGUCGGGACUAUAAUGUGGGUAUGAUAGGCUUUUUCCCUUCCAAGGAUGGAACAAUCAUUGAGGAAGUGAUGGGGUUCCCUCUCAGUGUCCAAAACAAUCUGGUGCUUCAAGACUAUAAGCUCAACCAUUACUCCGAUAUAUGGAGGAUCACGAAACCAGGGGAUGUGUUUGAAGGACGUCUUCAGACGGAUUACUGGACUGUUUUCCAUACAAAUCACACAACAUAUGAACCUCUCUCUUUUGCACGUGUGUCGUCAGACAAUGGGGAAAUUUCAAGGACAGCGAAAUCUGUGGUGCCCGUUGUGUAUGAUGCAGGAUUCCAUGAUGGCAUUCGGAGGAUUCUUUAUGGGUAUGGGCUGGGGUUCUGGCUGCAUCAUUUGAUGAUGAUUGACAGUUUGUCUUUCAUUUCCCAUGGGAAACUCAGCGUGGGACUGGACAGGUUUAUUCAGAUUGACAUUGAUGACAUCUUCGUUGGAAAGGAGGGCAUCCGGAUGAAGGUUGAAGAUGUAGUGGCACUGGCUGAGACACAGAGUCGACUGGCGAAAGAGAUUGAUGGCUUCCACUUUAACCUUGGUUUCUCAGGGAGGUACUACAUGCAUGGAACUGCAGAAGAGGAUUUGGGGGAUAAGAAGCUUAUAGAGUAUCGAGACAAGUUCUGGUGGUUCGGACACAUGUGGAGACAUGAACAGGCUCACAAGUUUGACCAGGAGUUCCUGGAGCGCUCCAUGUUGAUGAACUUCCAGUUUGCCAAGGAGAAUGACAUCCAUGUAAAGUUCCAGUAUGCUGUGGCCCCACACCACUCAGGGGUGUACCCUGUCCAUGAUGCACUGUACCACGCCUGGCACAAUGUGUGGGACAUCAAAGUCACCAGCACGGAGGAGUACCCCAGGCUUUACCCCUACUGGCGCCGGCGGGGAUUCAUACACAAGGGAAUUAUGGUGCUUCCACGUCAGACCUGUGGCUUGUUCACACACACUAUCUUCAUGAGUGAUUACAAUGGGGGCAAGGAGGAACUGGACAAGAACAUUCAAGGGGGAGAACUCUUUCAGACAUUCCUAUACAGUCCGGUGAGCAUCUUCAUGACCCACCUGUCCAACUAUGGUAACGACCGCCUGGCUCUGUACACGUUCGAGAGUGUGGUCAGGUUCAUCAAGUGCUGGACCAACCUCCGUCUGAGAAGUCUACCUCCAUUGCAGCUUGGACUCAAGUACUUCGAGAUGUUCCCAGAGGAAAGGGACCCUAUCUGGCAGAACCCAUGUGAUUACAAACGUCAUUUGCUGAUUUGGUCCGCCAACAAGACCUGCUCCAGAAUGCCAAAGUUUCUGGUUAUCGGGCCACAGAAAACAGGGACAACAGCUCUGUACACAUUUCUGGGGAUGCAUCCAUCAAUCCUCAGCAACUACAACAGCCCAGAAACCUAUGAGGAAAUCCAGUUCUUCAAUGGCAAUAACUACUACAAAGGAAUCGAUUGGUACAUGGAGUUUUUCCCAGUCCCUGUGAAUUCUACCUCAAUGUUUAUGUUUGAGAAGAGUGCAACAUACUUUGACAGAGACCUAGUUCCGAUGCGGGCUCAUGCUUUGUUACCUAGGGCCAAAAUUAUAUGUAUACUUCUCAGUCCCUCCAAGCGGGCCUACUCGUGGUACCAGCACAUGCGGGCACAUGAAGAUCCAACAGCACUUAACUACUCGUUCCAUGAGAUAAUCACUGCAACAGAAAUGGCGCCGCGGCGAGUCCGAGAAUUACGCAGCCGUUGUCUCAACCCCGGGACCUAUGCACAGCACCUGAUGCGAUGGCUGGACUACUUCUCCCCCAGACAGGCUACAAUUAUAAGGAGUGACAGUAAUGCAACAGUAUCGACUGAAAAUCUUUUCAUCAUUGAUGGCGAGCAGCUGCGGAAUGACCCCAUCCAUGUCAUGCAUCACAUUCAGCGCUUCCUGCAUAUAGACACAUAUUUUGACUACAGUCAACAUCUCAGGUAUGAUCCGCGGAAAGGCUUCUUCUGUCAAGUCCUCAGCGAUGAAAAGAAUAAGUGUUUAGGAAAGGGGAAAGGUCGGAACUAUCCCCCAAUGGAGGACAAAUCAGACAGGAUUCUAAAGAGAUAUUAUCGCAAGCAUAAUAUAGCUCUGUCUAAACUGCUGCAUAAACUGAACAUGGUCGUUCCUGAUUGGUUGGAAGAGGAUCUGCGAUAUCCCUGAGACUUGGUCUCUUGGAAACUUUUUAACAAAAUGAUGGUGAUGCAUGAUGCUUGGAGUGGUUAUCUUGGUGACUGGAUCAAAACCUCUCAACUUCCAAUGUUGCCUGUGAAGUUUUGUAUGAAAACACACAACAGGGUCUCAACAUGUUGUGACAUAGCCGGAUGGUGACGAAAACCUUUUGUUUAGACUUGAAGUUUCAAUGACUAUUUCUUGUAGUUAAAAAAUGAAGAUAGUCAAAUAAUUAUCCGAAAGAAUAGAACAGUUCCUGAACAUGUAAGUGAAGCAGCUGUACGUAAGACAGUGUUGCAAAGAAAAUAAGAAUAAAAAAAUAAAAUUGGCAUUUCUCCGCCCAACUAUGAAAGAAAUUUUGGAUGUAAAUCUAAUAAUUAAUUUAUUGUGUUCGACUGUUUCUUGUAGGCUAAGGUAGGCAUGUAAGCAUGUAUGUUAUUCUGCAGUCUCUACUCUGAUUGGAACGACAUGAUAAGGCCCUUUUGAAGUAAAAGAUAUGUUUAAGUAACUGAGAUUUUAGUUUCACUGUACGGGAAUUUAUGUGGGAAGAAAAUAUAGCAAUGAGAUCUUUUAGUUUUUUAAUAGAUUUUAGCAGUGUUUUGGUCUUCCUUGUCAGCAGUUGGGUGUGAGGGGUGUUUUGGUCAGUUGACGAUCAUCGUAUAUAUUGCCUGACUCCACAAGCAAUGUCUGGGCUGAGUUAAUUGGUGCACAAAAGGAAUUGCAGGCUACGAAUUCAGCCACAGGAAACUGUUGAAAUUCCCGGAGAUGUUCCAAAAUUGUGUUUCUUUGUACCUUGAGCAGAGCUGAUAGCUGGAGGGAAGAGGCACAGAAGAAAGAAAUUGCUAGUUACUACGGGUAACUGUUCCAUUGCCUGGAGAUGGUCAAUUACUGUGGCAUCUGUUCUAAGAUCUGGAUCCUGCUGAUUGGCCAACCAUGACAAAAGACACUGGGCCUCAGGUACAGAGGUGACUAUUUACUAACACUAGAGUGCCCUGAUGGACAAAGGCAAGAUCAGGAAAAACAUGCCUGAAAAACAAAACAGACUUACAAAUUGGAUGUAUGAAGAGCUUGCUAAGAGGAUACACCUAUCGGUGUACUGUAUGUAUGAUACAGUAUGUAGUGUUAGAUGUCGAUGAUCGAUGAUCAUGACAUUAAGAUGCAGUUUUAACAGCAUUGAGGAAACCAAAGUGCUACCUGAACUUCUGUGAAGUUACAGUGUAGAGUGUAGUUUUAUUUUGUAUAUAGUUUCGCCAAAGAAUGACUAGGUUAAUCAUGUUUAGGUAAUUAUAUCAACUCCGUGAUAUGAUUCUACCUCUGUGUUUGAGAUGGAUGAUUAGGCUGAAGGGGUUCGUCGUUUUUGUAGUGUACAGCAGAAAUGUACCCCAGGUCUGAUCCCUAUACAGAAAUGUACCCCAGGUUUUCGUCUCUAUACAGAAAUGUACCCUAGGUAUCGUCUCUAUACAGAAAUGUACCCUAGGUAUCGUCUCUGUACAGACAUGUACCCUGAGUAUCGUCUCUAUACAGAAAUGUACCCCAGGUGUCGUCUCUAUACAGAAAUGUACCCUGGGUAUCGUCUCUGUACAGACAUGUACCCUGGGUAUCGUCUCUAUACAGAAAUUACCCUGGGUAUCGUCUCUAUACAGAAAUGUACCCCAAGUAUACCUUAGCCAGAACCAAACUACAACAAUACCCUAUAUGGCCACUGAUCCACUGGAUGAAUCUAUUUACCUGUCAGCUACCUGUUUUGGGUUUCACUUAUAAUGUAAAGGCUUGCAUGUUAAGGAAAUAGAUUGUUGGUAGAAAAUGGAACUGUGGUGUCAAAAUAAAUGGUGUCGAUCUUUUAAGAAAGUUCCAGCAGCAAAAGCGAUUCUGAAAACCACAAUCUGAUUAUCACAUCAAUUCUUCCAGUAGUAUUGCCAGGAACUGAUUUCAUGCACUGUUGAAAGGACACAUCCAGUGGCCCCAGUGCUAUCCAGGGACAAGUUCGGACACUUUUCUGAUUUUGGUCAGGGUAUAUACCACUCAACAUUUUCUUAGAGCCAAAAUAGUCAUCUUCAGUCAAAGAUGUGGCCCUUAGCAUUGCUGAGUAGUAUAUUUCUGUAUACAUAUCUGUUGUACCCUCCACGGCAACAACCCCUAGAUCAUUGAUAACAAAGAAAUAUAGUGGGGACAAAGCUAUAAUGUAAACAGUGAUUAAUUAGGGAUGAUGACGGAACGCUGUGUAUCCUGUCUUGUCACAGAUCUCCAUGUCUUCUAUUUAUUGCCUUACAUAAUGUCUUCGUGAAUAUAGGACACUGUCACUAGCUGCCAUUUCUUUGUAUAUCUGCAUAAUCAAAAGCUACAGUAUUAUAUAUCUGUUCUGUCAAUGUGCUCCAUGGAAGCUGAAGGGUUGUGACAUGACAUCAGCAGAUGUUAUAACACCUACAGAGGUUAUAACAUUGACAGGCUAAAACAUUUAAAGUCCCUCUCUAUUCUGCAUUGUUUAUUCACAUAUGGAUCAAAUUCUGUUAUCAAAUAUUUUAGUAUUUGUAAGCGAUAUAUCAAAAGUGUUUUUUAUUGUUAUUAUUUUGAUAACAGUCACAGAUACCUUCAUUAUUAUGAAAGAUCAUAUUUGCAAUGAGAAAGAUGUUAUUUUCUAUGAUAGAUUAUUUUGCGAUAUAUGACUAUUCAGCUUAAUCUAGUUUGCAGUGAUAUAUAUUUAGGGCUCUCAUUUAUUUAUGACAUGAUAUCUUCACACUGCAGGCAAAUAACAGUAAAUAAUAUAUUUUGUAAUAUUUUUCUAUGUUCAUCAGAACUAAGGUUAAUUCUUGAAUGCAGGGCCCCAUUCCACAAAGUGAUCGUAGCACUACAAUGAUUAUAAGCCCAUGUUAAAGUAAGUUGUAGUACUACAAUUGCUUUAUGGAAUGGGUUCCAGAUCUUUAACAUUAAAUAUAGCUUUCAGUCUACAUGUUAUUAUACAAAGGGACACUGACGGCCAAUAUGUCACAAUUCACGUUUCCCUCAGCUGUGUUGAAGGCCUCCCUUCUAGAAUUAAUGUACCAGUGUUUGCACAUCAUGCUUCUGAUAGAGAAUAAUUCCGCACAAGUAUCUCUUUACACCUACAUAUUAAGGGGCUUCACUUCACAGUUUGAAAGGCCAGACCAAAUUUAAAUUCAUUUUUUUACAUCUCAUUAUUUUGUUGAUAUAUACCAUAUUGUAAGGUAAGUAUCAUGAUAUGUGAAUAUAUUUAAAGUAGGUGUGUCAUGACACCCCUAAAAUAUAUGACAAGACUUAGGAACAAAGUGAAUAAUUGUUUGUUAGGGUUGAAUAGUUUAAAAAUAUGGAUAUGAAUAUUAAUUUAAGUCAUUUAGUUUCAAUCUGACACCAUUUUACUGGGUCUUAUUGUGUUCAAAAUGGAGGUUAAAUUCCUCUGAAAAAUGAAAAAAACAAUUUGAUCUGGCCUAAUAAUGAUUGGUUAACUAAUUAAAAGUGUAAGUGUGUAGAGUGUAAUACGUGUAUAACCUAUCUUGAAUCAAGAUAUGUUACAGAGACCAAUGCUAAUGCUAUAAUAAUAAGUUCUUUACAGAUAUGUUUGUUGCACCUAACAUGCUGUAGUAUCUUUUUUAUAUUGUAGACAAACUCUCCAUCAGCCUUGUUCGUCAAGAGAAUAUUUUUGUGUCCAGAUUACCCCAAACUUACUGUCAAUCCUGAAUACACACCUGCCAGUGAUGAUGGUACAUUUUUAUUAUCAUUUCAUGUACCUAAUUACCAUGCAUGCAUUAUCCUAAUCUUCAUCAGCAUUGUUUGAGAGAAUGUAUCUCAAGGGUUUGGGUGCAGCCAUGGAAGCUAAUUGUUCUUUGCAUCAUCGACAUCGAGGAAGUGUGUUGCAUAUAAUGUCGUUUCUACUGGCCAGUCUUCUGCUUCCUUCUGAAACAUUACACUGCAGAUUCCACAUUUGGGGCAGAUAUGGGCACAUACUCAGAUCUGUGUCAGAUUAUCAUAUAAUAUUAAUAACUGGCAAUUUCUAUAGCGCUAAACGUUGUAUAGCUUCAUAUAUAGCAGCAGACUUUUGAGGAUCAAUGUUGUGAUUUCUCUGGAUUAUUUGAAUCAUAUCCCCUUUGGAACAGCAUCUUCGGUGCAGGGAUUGCAUAUUGGUACUUUUCUUUAAAAAUGUUCCCUGAAGUUGUAUCGUUGAAAUAGAGUUGAUAAAAUCCUGAAUAUUUUCACACUUCCCCAUUUCAGGAUUUAGAGCCUUUACUGGAUGAACUUGUUGGAUUUUUGAAAAAUUAUUCGAAAAUGAUUCUGCUUUAGAGUCUUUCAAAUCUGGUUUCUUUCUCUGCCCGCAUAAAUCCGCCAUAAGAAAACCUUCUUCAUGUUCUAUGGUGUCCGGCUCUAUCGUUUUCAACUGAUCGGUGUCUAUCGAUAAUAGACGUUGAACUUACAUGGCGUCAUCACAGGCAUGUAACACUUCAUAUAACAUUUGAACUGAUUGUCCAUUCACGUAUAAGACAUCAUUGCAAACAUGACGUCAUAUAACAAUGAAAAUCUGCCACAGAUCUGAGAAUAUGCCACAGAUUAGAGUCUGCCAUGGAUCUGAGUCCUCCAUAUAUGUGACUGUGUCUUUGGUGGCAAGGUGUUUGUUUUCUAAGACUUAGGCUAGCUCUGCCAUCUAUUAAUUCCACAAUAAAUCAAAAUGUGCAGAAGUAUGUUUCUUGAAGCCUAGUCUGAUAUUUAGUUUCAAAUCUACCAGAGACUUACCAGCAUAAAGUAAUAAGAGGAAAGAGGCCUUAUCAAAAUGGAAUUGUGUCUAGCUGAUCUUAUGAUCCAUUAAAACAACAUUUAGGCCUGUAAUGAUGCUCUGUGUCCUGAUACGUGUGUUUUGUACAGUCAUGAUGCGAUAUACCCUGGUAUGACAUGUUGCAUAAAAAUCCAGACACUUGUCAUAUUUGGGAUUAAAAUCAAAAUUUCUAAAUUGACAGAAAACCUGACCAAAACAUAUAAAGUACCGUUAAACUUGGGUCCAUGAAAUCAACAAUGGUUUGAGAACUACAGUGAAUGUCGGCAGAUUUCUUUUUUUACAACCACCUCCUCAGAUAUGUGUAAGUGGCAUCUCAGAAGCUGUUGUAUCAAGGAAGAGUGUACUUAUAGACUUCGACUUCAUUCUUUCAAUGUGACAUUUUGGUACAGAUGCUGGUACUUUUAUCAAGCUAUCAUUAUUUAUUAUUUAAAAUGACUUACAAGAUAAAAUUAUGUAACAUUUAUUAAUGUAAUGCUUUAAAGGUAGUCAUCAAGUGCUCAGUCAAGUUGUGACUUACACCAGAACAAGGCUUAAAUUAUCAUGGAAUUUUUAUCAUCACUUGUUUUUUCUGUAAAUAUGGCCUAACAGGUUGUUAUAGCACUGAUGUCAUGUGCAAAAUUUGUUGUGACAAAUUUAGUUCACAAGUUACCUAAAGUCUUCCAUCCUUUGGGUACUGGUAUUGCUUGAUAGCUUUCUUUCAUGUGAUUUUUCUCAGGGGAGGGUGUAAAAUGCAAAGCAUAGCCUGAACUGUACAGACAUGAUACAUUUUUUAUUGAGCAUCUGACAGCAGAAGCUGUGCCAUGCAUUGAACAUCCUCCACUAAAACAAAUCACAUUAAAUCAAAACAUUUAUAUGACUGUUUGUUAAACAACAGUAAGUCAGAUCAUCAAGAAAGAAUAUUACGUUGGUAGAAAUAAAUGAAUAAAUUUUGCUUUGGUUUCAUUAAAUGAUAGUUUGUUGUUGAGUUGCAAUUACACAGUUGGGGUUUAGACUCUUGGUGAAACAGUGCAGUAACAGAUGGUACUCAACAUCAUGGUAAGAUGACACUAUGAAACAUUCAAAAUGCUAUGAUUAUUUUACAAACAUGAAUGGAAGCUGUUUUUAGUGCUUUUCACACCUAUAAUAUCUGUUAUGGAUGUAGGAAUAAAAUAUUCACAUAUUCUGAACAUUAUUAACAUAGGAUUUCUCUUUGUAGUAAAAACUGAGCACAUCAUUUCAUAAAAGUAUCCCAAAAAGAAUCCAUGAUCCAUAUCUUGUUUUGUUCAGUAUAUAUAUAUAUAUACCGUAUUCGACGUAAUAAGCGCCCAGGGCGCUCUCAAAAUUAGAAAUAGGGGGGCUCUUAUUAAAAUAUUAUUUUGGU